UUCGUGGGUUAACGGUACAACGCAUGGGAGGGAUUAUCAAUCAAGGAGAGAUUAACAGCAAAGCGUUACUAACCGUAACAAACAAGUUUGUGAAGGUGUAAAGUAAACAUGUACUUGUAGAUAAGAAACUGUAAAUUUAUUAAAAAAGAAAAAAUGAAUUUUUUAAUAAUUGAAUAGGUUUUAAAACUUUAUAAAAAUAAACAUGACUUCUGCAGAUUGUGGCGUAUUGCGGACUGGUCUCCAAUCCAUUAGUUCUUUAAGACAAAGUUUACCUUCCGCAAAUACAUAUGAUUUUGCGAGGAAAGAUGAUAUGGAAUUUGAGAGACAGAUGGACAAACUUUGUAUUUGGUUGGAGAAAUGGGAUCAUAAACAGAGAUGUCAGAUAUUAGAAAAACUUCUACAACAAAGUACUUAUACACAGUUCCAGUUUCUAUAUACAGUGAUGCAGCCAUCCCUUCAUCGAGAUCUCAUGUAUACAGCUCAAACUGUAUUUCCUACCAUAGAUUUUACACCAGUCAGUACACAUACUAGUCGGGAAUAUAAGGAGAAGGUUAAAAAGAUUCGUAAAGGAAAUAUACAUCGAGUGAAAAGUGCCUACCUUCAGUUAGAUGAGGAAGUAAAAGCCUGGUUAACAGAAAACUCAACAAAGUUACCGCCUAUAGAAAAUAACACAGUUAAAACAAAAGAUUUAACACAUAAAACAUCACCAUCAAGACUGACAACACUACAGCUGACAAGUAACAGAUCACCACGGUUACACCGUCAUGUAUCUUUGAGGAGUGAACGGCAAUUAACAGAUAAAAAAGAUAAAUCUCAUUUGAAUUUACCAAUACGACGUCAUCUACAGGAAAUCAGUGAUGUUGACACAAAUAGUAGUAAUCUUAGUAUAUCUACUAUGAGUUCGGUGCCAUCAGAAGCUAUCUUCAUCACAGCUAAAGGAACAGUAAAGACAAGUUCACUAUCUGAUGAAGCUAAGAUAUUGUUAAAUUGGUAUACAAAUGAUUGGUCAGAUAAAAGAAAAAAUGAGUUUUUACACAAGUUGGUUGUGCUGCUAGAUCCUAGACAACAUUACUAUCUCUCUAGUUUCUUAUCAGUAAAGCAGCAUCGGGACUUUAUAAAGCUUUUACCAGAAAAAAUAGCUUUAAAGAUACUUAGUUAUCUGAAUCCAAAAGAAUUAUUACAAGCAAGAAGAGUUAGUAAAACAUGGAGAAAGUUUGCUGAUAAUAAUGAUAUUUGGAAAACGAAAUGUUCAGAGGUUAAAGUUGAAGUCCCAGCUGUUCCUGUAUGGAAGGAUAUAUAUAGAGAUAAUAUGUAUCUUAGAUUUAACUGGAAUAGUGGAAUAUGUCAUACAGUAGACUUAAAGGGACACACAGAGAAUGUUUUGUCUGUAAUAUUUGAUAAAAAUAGAGUUGUGAGUGGAAGUCUGGAUAAAACUAUUAAAGUCUGGAACAUCAAGACUGGUGAUCUUAUUCAAACAUUAAAAGGUCAUACUAAGGGUAUAUGGUGUCUAAACUUUUUUACCAAGAAUCUUCUUGUUUCUGGAGCAUUUGAUUGUACUAUAAAGAUUUGGAAUCUCAGAAUGGGUACAGCAGCAAGAACAUUACUAGGACAUGAGGGACCGAUAUGGGCUAUGGUUAGAAAUAAAAAUAUUUUAGUUUCAGCAUCACAAGAUAAAACAGCAAGAGUAUGGGAUAUUGGUAGAUGUUUAUUACUACAAACAUUAAAGGGACACAAUGCUGCUGUGUUUGCUGUUGAUAUGAAUGAAGAUGGAACGCUGACCCUAACCGGAUCAGCAGAUAGGAGUGUUAGAAUCUGGGACACUAAAUCUGGAAAGUGCAAGAAAGUUGUAUGGGCUAGUCAGUCAACUUCCAUCAUGUCUGUUAGUUAUAGUAAAGGUUUUUUUGCCUGUUGCUAUGGAGAAACAAUAUGUCUGUAUCGUGUAGAGGGAGCAAAGUUAGUCAACACAUACCUUGAACACCAUAAACGGGUUGAAAGUAUAAAGUUGAGUAUAACUGAUAGUAAUAGUAGUAAACCUGAGGGUAUAAUAGUUAGUGCUGGUAAAGAUGGUAUGGUCAAAUACUGGGAUAUAAAUCAGGACACCAGUUUGAAUACUUUUAGUGGACAUGCCGAACAGAUAAAUUGUAUACAUUUUGAUGAACUAAGAAUAGCCAGUGCAUCUUACGACCAUAAAAUAAGACUCUGGGAUUUUAAUGUAUAAAGACGUUCAUCCACUAAUGUGCUCACAUAUAACCCAUGACUCGCCUUGUAAAUGAAUUGAAUAGUAUCUUUAAGUGGCAUUUACCAAUUGUGAAACACAUUAACAGAACACAAUUUUUAUUUUUAAAACAAUCACUGGUUCUAUUCGACAAGUACUCUCUUAUCGUUAUCAUUGAGCUUGAAAACAAUUCAAGGAUACUUGUCGAAAUAUUGGGAUUUUAGAAUAAAACAAGCGAUUGUUUUAAAAAUAAAAAUUGUGUUCUAUUAAAUGAAUCAGAAGGAGGAAAACUGAAUUUUUUAACUACCUUCUAUGAAUUUGAACCGUUAUAAAAUUCCAUUUCUAUCCAAAUAUGCUAGAUUGUGUUCCGAUAUAAGUUAAAUUUUACCAUGAUAUUUUUUGAAACGCAUGUAUGUUUAAGAGAUAUCUAUAUUUUUGUAUUCAAACUAUUUUAUUAAAGCUUAUAUAUACCUUCCAUAUAAAUCCAAUGUCUCCCAGCAAUGCAUUUGAAUCUGUAAAUAAUGUAAUGAUAUUUAUGCUAUGUGUCUUUGUGCCAAAUAUUAUGUUAUCGUUAUUGAAUAUCUGUAUAUAGCACUGUGAUAAUUUAUGUAAUAUUAUAAUAUACACUAUUAAUUAAGGAUGUAACGAGUCAAAAAAAAUUGAACCGGUUAACCGAUGGGCAAAAAACCGACCGUGACCGGUCAACCGAUUCACAUUUUAGUUGCGGAGUUAUUAAUCGCCGGACCGUACGCAGGAUUAAAGUUUACUUUUUCACACUGUUUAACUUCGUUUUGAAUAUAAGAAGAGUUUAUUUAUUGCAGCUUAUUUUGUUUUUCAUUCAAAUUUCUCGGAAGGAAACAUUGCGUCGUCUAACAGUCAAAAAGGUCAUGGUCUCACGUGGUCGUCACUCGCCCAGUAGCACAUGCCGUUGUGUGACAGAUCGGAAAAUUGAUACAAUAUUAUUAGUGUUCGACCCGUUAUAAAUAUAGGAAUAUUCUAUGGCCCCACCUACCUCCAUCUCAAUGUGCAAUGUUAUAAUGUAAUCCAUUAAUAAAAUAUUUAAUUCGACGUCUUUAUUCGCGCGCACGGCAUUACUUUCAUUUUCAUACGCAUUUAAUAGUCAACCUGUAGUCAAGAUUACCCAGCCUGAAGAUACAACGCAAUAAGUCGCUCUUUUCUGGAGAGUCUUAGAUCACGGUCAAAACAUUAUUAUAACUUACAUAAUUUAUAUUUAUAAAUAUUGCCGUAUUAAAAGCUAAUACUAUAAAAUUUGUAUGUUUACCACACGUGACUGAACAUGUGACCCCAUCGAGCCAAUGAAAUGACGAAAAGAUUAUACCAUUUGGCCACAUGCCAGAGGGACGAAAGAUACUUUGUUUACGGCAUAAUUUUUCUACUACGUUUUCGAGCAGCGAACACGACCGUUUUAUUACCGGGAAAUUUUUGUAUCAACGUGUAAUAUGAACAAGAGAGCCUGGGCUAAUGCUAGUUUACUACUAGGUCGAUAUACACUGACAUUGUUAUAUAGAACGAAUAACGGUCACAGGAAUAUCGAACCGGUCUGGUUGCAGAACCGAACCGUAACCGGUCAACCGAGUAACCGUUUACAU